UUUAUCUUUGUUUUCCCUAAGCGUCGGACUUAGUGACUGACACAGUUUAAAGCGCUAAUGACAGAUAUUCUCAAAAUUAUAACAGUAUUGUGAUCAAAAUAUGUGAGAAAAAAACAUUAUAAAGUAAAAUGUGUUGAUUAGGUACUAUUUAUUUAUAAUUUCAUCGAAAAGCAAUAACAAUGUCUAUCGGAGUUAAUUUAAGAGUUACUGGCUAUUGUCGCCAAGGUGGCCGAAAAUAUAUGGAAGACUUUUUUUCCGUUGCUUAUCAACAAACAGAGGACGAAAAAGAUUUGGAGUAUGCCUUUAUUGGAAUUUUCGACGGACACGGUGGUGCUGAAGCAGCAGCAUUUGCUAAGGAGCAUCUCAUGGAGUCUAUAAUAAAACACAAAAGUUUCUGGUCUGACAAUGAUACAGAAGUGCUACGAGCAAUAAAAGAUGGUUACAUAGCCACUCAUUAUGCUAUGUGGAAAGAACAAGCAAAGUGGCCUAAAACUCCAUCAGGUCUUCCAAGUACAGCAGGAACUACAGCUAGUGUAGCAUUCAUUAGACGAGGAAAAAUUUAUGUUGGUCAUGUUGGAGAUUCUGGAAUAGUAUUAGGUUAUCAACUUCCAAACUCAAAUGAAUGGAGAGCAAAACCACUAACAAGAGAUCAUAAACCUGAAAAUGUGGAUGAGAUGAUCCGAAUUCAGGAAUGUGGAGGAAAAGUAGUAGCCAAAGCAGGUGUGCCCAGAGUUGUUUGGAACAGACCAAGAAUAGGUCAUCAAGGCCCUAUUCGUAGAUCUACUCCUAUAGACGAAAUACCUUUCUUGGCAGUUGCUAGAAGUUUGGGAGAUUUGUGGUCAUACAAUUCACGGCUGAAUCAAUUCAUUGUGUCACCAAAUCCAGACUGUGGUGUUAUAGCCAUUGAUACAUCAAUACAUCGUUGUUUAAUAUUUGGAACUGAUGGUUUGUUCAAUAUGAUGAGUCCAGAAAUGGCUGUUUCUAUUGUACAUCAGACUGAGAAAAAUAAUGAAGUGGCCACUGUGAACCCAGAUCAGCAAAAGAGCUGGCUGAAUCCAAGUAAACUACUAGUUGAGAAAGCCUUAGAAAGAUGGCGAACUACAAAUAUGAGAGCAGACAAUACAUCUGUUGUAACUUUAAUGUUGGAUCCACCAGGUCCACCUAGAGCUCAAGUACUUCAACGAAAACAUAAGCAAUAUCCUAUAAAUGGACUCAAAAUAGUGACACGUUUCAAAGAUGAUGAACAGGGUUCUGAAGAUGGUAAUGUGAGUGAAAAUAGCUCAGUCUUGGAAGAAAAUGAACAUCCUAUCAUCAAAGAGGAAAUAACAACAGUAGCUCCAGAAAAGAAUUUCAAAGAACCUUCAAAGAGACAAGAAAAUCCUCAGAGCUGCGAUGAGUCAAAACUUGAGACUAGUCCGAAUUGCAGUACAAAAUCAAAUUCACAAGUACCAUUUUCUGAAGUGUCUUCAAAUCCUUCACCCUUGAAAGAGAGGAAUUUUCUUCCCAAGCCUAGAGAUAGUAUGAGUUUUGAUCCACGAGAACCACAUAGUCCUAAGAAGCAAAAUGAGAAGGAAAAUCAAUCAGAUGAAAGUGAGCAUGUUCCGGAAACUUCUGUUCAAAUUAAUGAGAUCUCCUCGAGUUCUUCUGAAUUAUUUGAAAGUGUGGAAGAAGAAGUUGACAAUGAUCAAGCUAAUCCAAAAAGACACAACUUGAGAAGUGCAGGUAAACAUAAAGAGCUCCUAGGUUCUGUUGCUGAACAGAAACAGAAGCUUAAGCGAAAAAUUAAUGAGGAAGAGCCAUUACGGAAAAGUAUGAGAAUCGAUAAUGCACGAAGGAAAAGUGAUAGGUUUGAAGGUGAUCACAAAAUACAUGAGAAAAAAUCUAAAUUGGAUUUAGCAAGGAAAUUAUUGAAGAGGAGAAAACUAAACCUAAAAACAAAAAUUUUGAAGAGGCCCAUUCUGCGAAAGAAAUUCAGAAUGAUGAUGGAGUCGGUUAAACAAACAGCUUCAAAGAGUUCCCUGAUGACGGUGACUAAUAAAAGUUCUCUGUCAAAAAAGAAAAAUGCUGUAGCCCCAGUUGAUACCUCAAAAUCACCUAGGAAUAAUGUAACUCUAAAAAGCCAGCAGUUAAUAUCUGAAAGAACAAGACAAUCCACAUCUGAAGAAGUUGCACAAUCAAGGAGAUGCAUGAAGACACAAAAUGAAACAGAUGGAGUAAAGAUAUCAUCAAGUGGGGAAUGGAAGGUGGAUAAUGUAAAAAAGAGCCAUAGUACCAAAAAAACAGCCUCCUCAAAAACUCAGAGAAGCAAAAGUUUGGGAAGGUUAAAAAAGUUUAAUAUGGAAGAAAUAUCAAAGAAACCACCCAUCUCUAAUGAAAAGAAUAUCUCUCAAGGGGUGUUGCAACGACGAAAUUCUCAUAAUCAAACUUCAAAGCUGCGCAGAAGACUUUCAAGAAGUAAGUAAGUUUACUAUAAUUUCCCUUUUAAUGAAAAAUUAAAAUUCCAAAGAAAUACACUUAUUAGUAAAUGUCUUUCAAUUGAAUCCUCAGUUUAUAUUUUAUCUGUUGUUAAGAUGUCAAUAAUAUUAAAACCUUGCCUCAGUUUGACCUGAAUGUAAUAAUUUUUUCUUUUUUGGUAUAAUUUUCAAUGAUAAAGACUUCAAUUCUUGAAUAAAUAUUAUACAAAGCGAUGAUAAUAGAAUUUUUUGUUUGUUUUAUCAAAUCAAAUUUGAAUAUUGUCAUAAUUUAUGCUCUUCAUUUCGAAUAUUCAAUACUUUCAUUUUGUGGUUUCCCUUUUGGAAUUGUUUUUUUUAUUACGAAAUUCUUAAGAUCUUCAAUGGUAUAUAGUUAAUUUUUAUUUACUUAUCACUUCAAUUUCAAUGUGGUUCCAUUCCUAGAACAACUUUGAUUCAAGAAAUUUUUUCACAGAUUAAUAAGAAAUUUUUUUACUAUAUUUCAAGAUUUAAAAUUCUGUAAACUUGUUAUGAAGCUUGAUCUUCAAGUAUUUGAUGUUUUUAUAUGUUUUUCUGGUUUUCUAAUUCAAACUAUUCAUCUUCUCAUUCUUGUAUUUUCUGAAUUCAUAAGUAUUCUGAAAUGAAAAACCUGCACUGUACAUAGUAAUGAUCGAAAUGUUGAUUGUACUAUAUUUUAAGUAUGAUUUAUUCAUGUUGUAUUCCGUAUAUUCUUAUGUUCUAUGGUCUUCUAAAUUUAAUUUUUUUAUAUUAAAAAUGAGAAUUGCUAUGGUUUAAUGUAAUUGAUUUUAUUUUUAUUUUAUUGAUUGACUCAUAUAUUGUUAGAGAUACCAUAGCUGCCUCAUAUUUAUUUGUUUGAACAUAUAUGGCGACCUCUUUAUAAAAAGAAAUUCGGAAUUUUAAAGGAAUAAUCAACAAUUUAAGGAAGAUACUAUUUUUGUAAUAUGAAAUUGUAUUUUUUUAAUCAGAAUUCAUUCAAAUUGUUUACAAUCAUAUAUAUAGUAUAUAUAAUUGUUUUAUUUCAUUUAUUUCUCAGUUUAGCAGAUUACAAUUAGUAAUAGAAAUUGUGCCUUUGUUACCAAAAUAACUUUGCACUUAGGCAAGAGAAAGAAUUAUAUUUAUAAAAGUGUAUAAUUUUUCAAUGAAUAGAACGUUUAGAUUA